AUGUUCCGCAAAAUUGAAGCCUCAAGAGCCUCGACAAAGGCUUCUGUCCAGCUCCACUGCAUUGGAUGCACCCUUGUUCCUGGCCCAACAACAGAAGUCGUAUAUCAGACCUCACCCCCUCCUGAUACGAUUGCCGUUAUCGUUGAUAUAUCCGCAUCUGGUGGAGCCAUGAAAGUUGGAGAAAAAUCGGACAAUGACCUCGGCGUUGCCGCUGUAGGUAAAGUCGGAACAGAGGACGCGGAUGCCUUAGUGAUAGUACCGUGGAAUGUUGACUGGUGGUUCUAUUCGAUCGGGACUGUUGGGAUACAGUAUGUGGUGAGGAUGUGA